AUGGACUUUUCUGUACUGAAAACCAGCAAACUGGUUGCUGGCGAAUCUAAAGUUGAUCUACAUACAGUUGACAGCACACCACUAUACCGCAACAUAGGAGAAUUCAAUGUGAACGGAAGACCUAUUUCUAACUACCUUCAAUGGCACUGCGUACCAGCGUGCCAGUAAGUACAACUGUUUGCAACGUCUGUGAGGGCAUAAAGAACUUAAAUUGGGGAGUUGAAAUUCCACUGGUAAUCCAAAAGGAAUUAUUGCUGAAGCGUACUGCAGAUGUGCAGCUCCUUAAUGAUGAAGGGUUACAUGGACAUGUUGAUGGGGCAACUCUGACUCGAUACCAAAACCCAUUACUAAUCAACAUCUUUAUGGAAGACUAGCGAACGUGCAAGUGAUGGCAGUCCGACUGUCGUUGCUGACGAUGUUCACCGUGUGCUCCACAACAGGGUGGGGGAGGGGACGGUGACUUGAGCGGCAGAAGACUUGCACAGCACAUACCACACUCUCUCCUCCUCCUUCUCUCCAGCCUACGUCCGUUUUCAUGACAGAGUCAAGAAGACCGGAGACGGCAGAGAGCGCAGGCGGUCGGCACGGUGAAAACCCGCACUUAGGCGUACCGCCACAUCCUUGGCUCCCAAAGAACAGCUAACCGGGAUUUUAAGCAAUGACAUCCUACACGUCUCGUUUGCAGGGUAGCAGAAUUAAAGGUCUAUUCCGUUUUGGAUCAGGGCACCUGAGAAGCUGUCCCAAGAAAAACAUUUUUACUAGCCGACUAUGUUCAAACUAGGUUUGUUAAAGUAGGCCUCGGGUGAUAGUUUGCUCGGAAAACUGAGUGCAUGUUUUUUGAGUCUAACGGAUUUUUGCGCCAAUGGUGAAAUUCUCACAGAUUUGACGAAUGGCAUCUGAAUGUCGAAGGCAUACAGCGUCUUAAGUCCGUGGCCUAUGGCUCAAAUACUUUAAUUCGGUCUAAACACAAUGGCCCAAUUAAAAUUAUUAUUUGUUACUUUCUUAUUCUGUCGCUUAGUAGCAUUCAACCUAAAACGUUAUUCGUUGACUAAAAUUUACUUUCACAGAAUUUCGUUUUGACUGAGCAGUUGACAGCUUGUUUAAUUUACCAGAGGCAUAUGAUUUUCAUUUCUGAAAGCCCCUGUGACUCGCCACAGAAUACCUUGCAUAUUCCUCGUAAAAUUCUUACCACUCUGUCCGGGAUGGCCAGUAACGUGGGCUCGUAGACGUUAGCGACUUAUACUGACUGGUUAUGACGACUGAGUCAAAUCUGUUUAAUCCAUUCCGUUCUGUCUCCGAGAUGAUACACCUCGACCACUUCUAUUCCAUCCUGAACGGUUUUUAACUUCGUGCGUUUAAGCCAACACUCCAGUUGCACCGCAUUCUCUUUUUUCAUUCAGAAAGGCAGCGGGAGCAUCUUGUCUUUUGUCUUGGAGUUUUUCGCGCGGUUCAUUUCCCUUUUUAUUUGACUUUCUCUGACAAAAUAACUUCUGGGGCAUCGCUUGCAAAAAACGAUCAUUGCUUCUUCAUGAGCAGAUGGUAUUCGCCUAACUCCGUCGGAUACUUUAAUUGAUGAUGUGCGACCGUAUGAUAUCUUUACCAACCUGCUUCCAUUGGCAGAUAUCGGUCUUCUUAUCUGAUUUACUAAAAAGUGCAGUGCCUUCAUUUGGCAUCGCCAACACUGCGAUUAUAAAUAUUUGAGAUUUCAAAGUUUUGUCGUGUUUUAACCAAUUUGCUUGCAUUUUUCGCAAGAAAGUGUUCAUUUUCCUAAACUAGUUUGUAUUUCGCGCCAUAGAGAUAGCAAUUCCUGAAUAUUGCGAAAGGCAGCUCUGCUGUUACCUCGUCUGAAUUGCAAGCAGAAUAAUUAAACUCUCUCUGACACCCCACCACAAUCCAGUCGAAAUGAAAAGUACGAAGUAGAAAACCACACUACCUCAGAGUUUAAAGUCUAGCAAAAGCAGGUAAACUUGUCUCAGUGCCUAUUCCGUCUUAGACCUCGCCAAAGAUUUAAACCUACUCUAACAUGGCUGCUAGAAUCAAAUAAGUGGACAUGUUAUAGUAAUGUAAACAAGCGUCUGCUUGUCUAAUCAUUACCCAUCGGUGUUACACGGUCGCGGUCUUGUCCUCAAAUUUAAGGCGUACAAUUAUUCAUUUCCUCCGCUGCCUUGUAUUUGGUGGGCUAUAUAAAAGUAACAGCAAUAUACCGCAGUCUCAACCGAUAUUUUAUGGAGUCGGACCCCUAUUCACACGAUGGGAUCUGGUGUGCGUAUCUCUGCUUGUUGUUGCAAAAAGAUUGAUCUGUCACAAAAACAGGCACUGUCUUUGCUCUGAUCUUCGGACGCGUGUAAGGGUCCAUCAUGUGAUACAGUAUGACAACGGUAAUAAAUGCGCAGUUCUGACUAUUUUUCAUUUCGCGUCGACCACGUUUGUUCCUGUCUGCGAACGAAGUCGUACCACCGUGUUGUAACUGUGUAACGCAUGGUACGGAGGGGGAACACUGACAUAUCGUUUUUUUAAAGUAUCCAGUUCUCCAGUACCACAUACUCUGCCUUUUUAUCUGCUCGUGUCAUUAUCAAUGCAUGGGGUUUUGGGUCCUCCUGUGGGAUGUGGGCUGCAACUUUGGACAUCCAGUCACCUCUCCAAACUGCCCGCUUUUGUUUGCUCAUUCAUGAUCUGAGUCUUUAUGCUCUCUGGUCUGCAUAAUAGAAGGUACAGUUGUGGCAUUAAAUCUGAUAAGUUGCGACGGACAGUUUACACGCGUCCACUUAGUCCUUCGUUCGCGCGACGCCUUUAUGCACGAUAGCGUCGAGGCUAUGGGCGAUAUGCACGCGAACCUCUAGGGCACUGUGUUUUACCGUAUAUUCGUAAGUUGCAUCGUUUUGCGAUCUAUUGUAGCGUGGAAUCUGACUACUACAAUUGAGCGCUCACCUGCGCCCACAUUGUCCGUCCUCCGCACGACUCCGUUAUGCUCAGUGUAAAGGUGUUGUUGAUCCCCGCAUAUAGAGUUAGUGACUAGUAACGUCUGGUUGGUGGCUGUUCUUUGCGAAGUGUUCCAGUACGAAAGUCAAUUUCUCUACUCGUUCCUCCAUGCUGCUGCAGUGGAGGAGAGUAUAGCGCCUCAGUGCGCGUAUAAACCUUUCGUUUCGGACAGCUAUGCCGCGCCGGGACUUACAAUAGGUGGACUAACUCAUGAAAUGUCAACCAAAAUUCUGAAAUGCGUUUUCGUUUCGAAAAGAUUUAUUAAGUAGCGUUGGAGAACUAAUCCUCAAGCAGCAUAAUUCUAUAAUAAUUCAGUUACCCCAGGAUGCCGGCUUCCGAACGAACUUCUUUCCGACAGCACGCAAAGACUACACUCUGUAAAGAAUGACUACCCAAGUAGCAUGUAUUUUUCUCAUUGAUUUUCGAUGUCCUUAAAAAUUCAAUUAUAUUUCAUGGGAAACAUGCAUAACAAUAUCCAUUCUUUUACUCAUUCGGUAGGAAAUUACGUCUUCUUCCAAUUUUAUGCUCAAAAGAAGGGUAUAUUUCGGUUUGCAAAAACUUUUCCAAUUCCCGAAUAAUUUUGAACCCGACCUGCCGUUACACUCGCAUUCAGGGUUUCCAAACUACAAACCAUAUAUUUUCCGCGUACGGAAAGCCAUACGUUUCGCUGCGGUAUUACGUGAACACUAUGCGAUGUUCAUAAAAUUCAGCAGUGGAUUUGAUCCAUGUUGUUAACUUUACGAGCCACAUUGGUGAAUGCAGAGACGUGACGUCUUCUGAACGGCCAGUUCACGGUAUUAAAAAAUCUCACAAUUAAAAACUUUUUGAAAGCCGAAUUAUACCCUUCUUUUGAGUAUAAAAUUGGAAGAAGACGUAAUUUCCUACCGUAUGAUUAAAAGAAUGGAUAUUGUUAUGCAUGUUUCCCAUGAAAUAUAAUUGAAUUUUUAAGGACAUCGAAAAUCAAUGAGAAAAAUACAUGCUACUUGGGUAGUCAUUCUUUACAGAGUGUAGUCUUUGCGUGCUGUCGGAAAGAAGUUCGUUCGGAAGCCGGCAUCCUGGGGUAACGGAAUUAUUAUAGAAUUAUGCUGCUUGAGGAUUAGUUCUCCAACGCUACUUAAUAAAUAUUUUCGAAACGAAAACGCAUUUCAGAAUUUCGGUUGACAUUUCAUGAGUUAGCUUCCCUACUGUACGUGAUCACGGCUUUCGAGCGAGCGGAACACGCGCGCAUGCAGCUUUGGGGACAGCCAAGUCCAGUCCCCCCCCCCCCACAAACUUGGCUAUCACCCCAUCACCUGACCAAGCCGACGCUGACUGACUGUCACAUGUCAUUUCCAUUAACGCUCACAUCACCCUAGCGAAUAGACGCGGGGACAGGCUCAGAGCCGUUCGUGCGUCGGGGUUUCUGACCACUACUGCUUUUCUGUGUAAAAUGCAUGUCUCUUACUAAUGCCUUUCCCUUUCUUCUCGAAAUUGGGACUGGAUCCUGAUUGUUGUGGCGCUCUGAGUACACCCACUACUUAGAAGCUGCGAGAGUUCUGAUACAGCUGCAUUUGAGUGCCACCUGGCAGUUACUGUGGUAACUGUGACUUUAGUGACGUUUUGUUGUACUACGGUACGGAGUUAACACCUGACUGGAGCCUCAGAAAGGGCAACAUUUUGAAAGAAAGGUGUAAUAACCUGUGCUGUUUGUCUCUGAAAGAAGGGAGCCAAGAAGCCGUCAGGUGAUUGAGGAACUAGAACGAAAUAGGGAUUGGUUGUUCCCGUCUGACCGCCCAAAAACGGUAUUGCGUCGCAGUAAGCGCGAGUCAGUCUCACGGGUUGAAAACUGUUCACAACCAUCCGGUUACUAGUUUAUAUGUGGAAACAACGUUGGCCGUUUUGCCUCCCAAAGAGAAGUUGCUGGCUCGCACCAAGAGACCGAAGAUGAUACCUUAGCCUCCAGACGAUACUUUGAGAAUCAAGCGAGAAACUCCAUCCGUUCCAAGAUGUUUGUCUGGUUUCGUACUAACAGGGCCUAAUCUUUCAUCUCUGACCGAAAAAGAAACAGUUUUACUUAUAACUGUGUCCGUCUUGUUCCAAAUUCUUGGGUGUCCUUGAAGAUUCAGUCGUAAAUACCAGAUGAAAGAGCUAGAAGAGGAAUUUCGCUUUAGCUGGUUCUUACGACAUUAUGUUAUCUGAUCUAUCUUUGAGACUUACUUUCGUUCCUUCUCUUCUCUCUCUGCGAGGAUAUCCCCGUAGUAUUUCUUAGGGCUUACAAUAACUUUUUCUAAGUGUCGGUGCUCAAGGAGGGUCCUAAAAAUCCUUGUCAGACCGCGGCUCUCAUUCGGCAGUUUCUUACAUUCAGCCAAUAGUAUAUGGCUUUGCUCUUCCAAACACUUUUUCGCAACCUCUGCCUCUUCUUUGCAUUCUUUUUACCAUGAUGGUGACACACAGAAGUAAGCAACAGGUCUUUCUCAUCCACAUGGGGCGAUGAAUCUCAACCGGAUGUUUUUUACUCCUCAGAAUAUGCUCAGAUGGGAUUUCGACAUUGCGCCCGUCAACUAAUCACGCUUCCUCCUGAGAAGAGCGCUUCAUUGUGUCCAACUCUUCCCCAUGUGACGCUCCGCUAGCCAUUAGGACGUCGUAAAAUUGCCUUGCUUGACAGCUGUGUGACAAACUGGUGAUUAUCUGGUGAUCAGCGAAGCGCGUACGAGCAUGGCCGAAUACGCCCAUACACUGUCUGAGUGUGUCAAUGCUUGUGCAGAAUGAGGUAACGCAGGGCAGACCUCGACUGCGCAUUUGCAUACGACCGAACAGUCUGAAGCGUCUCAGAAAAGUGCAAACAAAUCGGACAUUGUGGCUGUUGUUCGGAGCUCCUAUAAUUGUUUCUUCUGUGACACUGAGAUGAAUUGGCAGGUGACUGAACGGCGUGACAUGUGAUUUCAAUGUGCGGCUGCACUGAGUGCAUUUCAGCACUGCGUCUACAGGCCUGGUCAUUGGUGUUUUCACUGCGGCGAAUGCAAGAACGCCCGAUGGUGGUAAGACGUCCCUCUCUUUUCCGGCCUGACCUACUUGUAUAUUACUGUUUUCCACUGACCUCCUACGUAUUCGCAACUGGAAGAAAAUCGAAUUUUCUCGCAUUCUUUCGCAGAAAGAUCAUACUCUUCAAAAAUCUACUCUUCUCCACCGACUGACGCUGUUUUACGACAGACCCUGAUAACUUACAGAUUUGCCUACCAGGCAGACAGAUAAUUCUCGCAACUCAAUACAUGAUUCGAUUUUUACUCAGUUGACAUGACAUUUUCUUGACAAUCCUUGGCGUGAUAUUCGCAACUACUUUUACUUGCUUUCUUUCAGCAACUCACACUAUCGAACGCCGUCGCCUUUCUAUGGAUAUGUUCCAUAUCCGGAGGAUGCCAGCAAGAAAUUCGGAGAUUUCGCGAAAUUAGAAAUUGUUUAA